AUGGGCAGCAUAGGAACGUCAAUGGUUCAGCAAAAGAGGUGUUGGAGGGAAACACCUCUAGUGGAAUCAUACGCGCUGUCAAAGGCCGCAGGGUGUAGAAUCUUCCUCAAGCUGGAGAACCUCCAACCCAGCGGCUCCUUCAAGUCGCGCGGCAUCGGCAACCUCAUGCUGUCGCACCUCUCCAAAGCCGCCAACGCGUCCAAGAUCCACUUCUACUCUUCGUCGGGUGGAAACGCAGGCCUCGCAUGUGUGCACGCUGCGCGCACGCUGCAGCAUCCGGCCACAGUUGUUGUCCCGCUCUCGACCAAGCCGCUAAUGAUUGCGAGGCUCAAAGCUGCCGGCGCCCAUGACGUCAUCCAGCACGGCGCCAGCUGGAAAGAAGCAGAUGCCUACCUCCGCGAGGUUGUAAUGAUGGAAGACGAGGGGGGCGUGUACAUCCCCCCAUUCGACCAUCCGGAAAUCUGGAAUGGCAAUGCUACCCUGGUGUCCGAGAUAGGCUAUCAGUUGGAUGGCGAGAAGCCUGAUGCACUGAUCUGCAGCGUCGGCGGUGGUGGCCUGUUCUCCGGACUCAUGCAAGGUCUCGACGAGAUGGGUUGGUCGGAUAUGCCGGUCCUGGCGAUGGAGACGAAGGGCGCGGAGAGCCUCCAUGCUUCUUUGAAGGCCGGGGAACUUGUCACGUUGCCCGGUAUAUCUUCGCUUGCAACGAGUCUAGGCGCAACAAGAGUGGCGGAAAAGGCCUUCGAGUACGGAAAACGGAACAACGUCAAGAGCGUCGUAUUGGAGGACAAAGAGGCGGCCAUGGGAUGCUGGCGUUUGGCAGAUGAUGAGGGAUUGAUGGUUGAGAUGGCUUGCGGCGUCAACGUGGCGCUGUGCUAUGAAGGCCGGCUACAGAAGGUCCUUGGCCAAGCGCUGAACAAGGAAAGCAAAGUCGUGGUUGUCCUUUGCGGAGGCAGCAACGUCACAGUGGAAAUGCUAUCGACUUGGAGGAAGGAAUUCGGCGCCGUGGAAAGCGAACUACCGCAAAACGACAGCGUACCAAGUGCGCAGAGUGCGCCGAAUGGUAUCUCCGCCUAG